UAAUUUGCAUAAUCCUGAAAAUUAUUAUAGAAAAUUAUCUAAGCCUAGUCAGGCGUAAUAAAUUUAUGAAAAUUAGUGUUUUGACAAAUUGAUAAAAUGGUUUACGAAUCGUCAUAUGAAAGCGGUCGACGGCCGUUUUUGCCCGACGUUAAUCGUGGCUUAUGGUCUCAGCCUACGCAAUUUAUAUACGCCGGUCUCAGUAUUGCCUUCAAGUUUGACAUGUUCUCCAUAUCCUGGUAUUUUCUUGAUCAAGCAUCCAGCCUUAUAUAUAUCCUUCCGUUACACUUCAUAUGUUUGGCUCUGUACAUUGUUCCUUUAAUGGUGAUUCAAGCAUUUUUAGGGCAAUUUUCAAGUAGCGGCUUUAUAUCAUUCUUUCGUUUGACACCUUUGUUCAAAGGCAUAGGUUACCUGUCAUUGGCUUUAAAUGUGGUUAUUUUAACAUAUUACAGCGUAUUCGCCACGAUACCAUUGGCGUACUUUUUCGCCUCAAUGCAUCCGACCUUACCGUGGGGCUGUGAGGGUUUCAAGAAAUGGGCUCAUCUAGCCAACGAAGAGGAGCAAACGAAUCUCUGUCAAAUGCGUUUUCCUAACAUUACUGAAGAUGAUAAUGCUACCGAUUCCUAUGUAGACUUUGUGAACCAUCAUAUACCGUCGGUUAUGUAUUUCAAAACAUUUUUUAGUAAUCAAGAAUUAUUUGUAAGCUCCGAUACGGAGUUUUUCAUGUCCUGGCAACUGAUAAUAUGCGAUCUGUUCGUAUGGUGCAUUAUAGCAUUUUUCUAUUACAAAUGUCGGUCCAUUGAAAAGUUUGGUGUAUGCUUGCGUUAUGCGAUGUGGAUAAUGCUCUCAUUAUUAGUACUGUUUUUAAUACGUUUCAGCUUUCUUGACGGUGCCGGACAUGUGUUCAGUAAAAUUUUCGCAAUACAUCCACGCGAAUUUGUAAAUGGUAUCCUAGCCUCGCCCAUGUACACGUUAACAUCGUUUGGCCCCGGUUGGGGUUUAUUUAUAACCCUUGCCAGUUUUAACAAAUUCAAUGCGGACAUCGUCAAAUCCACUUGGAUGAUUAGCUUUGGGCAAGUAUUUAUAAUGACUGGAUUAACUGCGUUGUCGGUGUUUAGCGAAGCCCAUUUUGGUCAUAUUACGGAAGGAAAUUAUUAUACAUCAGUUGAUCAUCAUUGGUUGCUGUUUUUGUCCAGCGGUAGCGUAAUGGCAAAUAUGUCUGGAGCGAAUUUCUGGUCAAUGCUGUUUUACUUUAUGUUAUUCCUCUCCUCGCUUGUUUUAAUGAUCCUUCAGCUGUACUCAAUAUUGACCAGUGUUUUCGAUGAAUUUGUGGGCUUAAGAGAUCGCAAGUUUGAAGUGGGUUUAGGAUUAAUAACAGCUUUAUGUUUCAUUUCUUUGUACUUUACAUCGAAUGAUGGUGUGGUUUACUUUACCGCCUUAACAUCAGAUGCUUCUAUUACACAAACCAUCCUCAAUUUGCUGUUAAUUUUGAUUGUUUGCUGGAUAUACGGCCGCGAACGUUUACAGCGUGACAUCGAAUUUAUGGUGGAACAGAAGUUUUCUACCUGGAAAGUUAACAUACUAAGGUUUGGCGCACCGUUAGCCAUGCUGUUGAUUUUGUUAAUAUUUUUAAUGGUAUCUUUUUAUGAGCAUUUGCUCUCGACUUGGGUAAUAAAAUUGUUCGCUGUCAUAUUUAUCGGCUUGCCUUGGAUAUUUGUGCCGGGCUAUGCAGUUUUCUGCGUAUGGCAAACUACGGGCAGCAUAAAAACACGCCUAAAGAGAUGUUGUCGUCCUACAGAUUGGUAUCCUGUUGUAGCAGAAGAUCGUCAACGUUACGAGGAGGCCAUGGGUAACUUGGAUAUAACGCAUCAGUUGAAUGAGAUUACGGAAGAAGUUAUGUAAAUAGAACGUACGCCUACGCCAUGGCGUAAACUAUUUGUUUUUGCAUUUUAUUUGUUAUUGCAUUUUAUUUAGAGUUUAAUUAUUAAUAAUAAUACUCAAUACCGUUGUGGCUAUCAUUAUAAUAAUUAUAAAAAGUUCAUUAUGGAUGUAUUUAAAUUUAGCUGACAAGUCAAUUAAGUCAAUUUAGUUACUUAACUUUUUUAUUUCGCCAUUGAUUUUACGGUAUCUUUUAAAAUUUUUAUAAGCUGAACGUUCCGCUUGUUUGCAAUGACAGCCAAAAAUCAAUUUUCAAAGCACUAUAAAAAUAGUUUUUUGCUUUGUUAGCUGAAGUAACACUUCCGUCAAGGUAUGUCAAAGCGUGUAAAUUGAGGGGAUCACAAAACUCAACCGUUCCGAUGAGAAGAGCCAGGGCGCUGUAAAUCUAUGUCUUGACUUGACACUUCUACUGAACGAUUGAGAAUCCAUCGUCAGGUAUCAUAAAGGGCUUGCGUAUAGCAUUACUAAUUCUAUCACUUCCAACGGCAGUAGUCCAAGGUUUUAUCCUGGGCAUCUUCCAUUUGCUACUAUUUUUGUUAGAGCCAUGCUAACGUUCGCCGUUGCCGAGGUCGAACUAUUCAGAAUUUUAUUCCCUUGUUGAUCAUUACCCCAAAAUAUUUAGAGGAUGCCUGAAUGAUAGCCUUGCCGCGGCGUAUCUUGAGCGUAAUCUUCUUCGUUCGGCUACUUACGAGAACUGCUUGUGUUCUUUGCUCUGCGAGUUCCACGCCUAUUAACGCUAGAUCACGUUUUCCGUUAAACUAAUAAUGUCGUCUACAUAUUUUGACGAACCUUACCACAGCUACAUCAUCGCCGAAGUCAAAAAUGUUAGCAUGGUCAAGAACUUAUACGCCGAACAGUAAGCCGUUGUGUGUACGGUUGCAGGCCGCCGGUCCAAGGACUGAACUCUGAGAUACGCUACUACUUAGUUUAAACAGCUUGUCGCCAUCCACUGUCUUAACCCACAAGAUCUUAUUUUUAAAACAGUUCGCUAUUAUAUUUGGAAAGUACUUUGCUGUUUGUCACUGAAUUAAAGACAUCCAUACCAUCUUCCAUCCCACUGAAGUGAAUAGAUUUUCAACGUUCGUAGUACUUGUACGGUGCUGCUUCGUACAGCCUUUCCAACGAAUACGUUCGAUUGUGACACUUCCCAAGAAGUGGGUAGUGUCUAGGUCGAUCGUUUGCCGCAGAAGUCAAAUUGCUUGGCGACUGAUCAUCCUGACUCUGCUAUAGGCAGCGAUAGGAGGUUACAUAUUAGCCGUUCUAAAAUUUUUUCUAAAUUUACUUUCAGUUAUCGUUUCAGUUUUUCUGCCGCUUUCGGUAG